AUGCCGUCGUCCAUGACGACCAAACGGUUGACGGAUGCUCAGCGCACUGACAUCUACAUUCGCAUGUCGCUGAUCAAGGCUGACGGCCGCAUCAAGCAUGGCGAGCUCAAGAAAGCGAAUAGCGGGAGGCCACGCAAGCUGAACAUGGCUGUACUCGAAGCGAGGAUCAAAGGUGCCCCAGCCUUCCAGCACUCGACAUUGCGCUCACUUGCCAAGGCCACAGGCAUCCCACUGACAUCGCUCUGGCGGCUUCUGCAGACAAGGGUCAUGAAGAGGUGCACGAGCAGGCUCAAGCCCAUGUUGACGGGGAAGCACAAGAACGACCGAAUGAUGUUCGUGAAGAGCCAUCUGCGGACAACCACGUCAGGGAAACAAGUCUGGCACGACAUGCUUGACACGGUCCAUAUCGAUGAAAAAUGGUUCUACGUGUCCAAACUCAACCGGCGUUACUACCUGUGGAGCGAUGAAGACGUCAAGUUUCUCACCGCAGUCGCCCUACCAAGAUUGGACGGCAGGGACAAGCGCAUGUGGGAUGGCAAAGUAGGCAUGUGGCCCUUCAUCAAGACAAGACCAGCACUGCGCAACAGCAAGAACCGCAAGCGUGGCGAUGAUGUCACGGAGCCGUUCAUAGUGACACGAGACGUGUACCGGUCUUUCCUUGUGGAUAAGAGUCUGCAACACCAAAUGGCAACGUACACAUUGGAGGAUCUCGUUGCGGCUGUCCUGAAAUCAUUUGACGAGCUGCAAGCAUCCGUGCUUGACAAGACGUUUAUGAGGUUACAAAAGGUGAUGGAGAGCAUUUUUAAGAUGGGUGGUGACAACAGCUUUAAGCUACCGCACCAGAAGAAGAAUGCAUUGCUCAAAAAGGGUCCUUUGCCGCCUCAGUUGGAGUGCGAUGACGACCUUAGCGCGGCGUUGGAUGCAAUGGGGGAAAGAAUUGACUUUGAACGUCGUGAUGACAUUCUCAGUAACCUCUUCGACAAUGGUUGUCAAUUUCAAGACGAAGCCGACUUGUCCAAUGUGGAUUCCAUUUGCUCUCAAUUAGUUGGCGUCGAGUUAGUUUCAGAUGAGUAA